ACGGUUUCAUACAGCACCACCGCGCUCUGGCAACGCUGUGCGCCGGCAUCCGGCGCCCCUAGGAAACUUCCGGUAGCGGUUCCUUUGGCUCGUUUUUGCUGGUAGUUGUUGGCUCGCGCGCUCGUCCUGUGCGUAUUAUGUGUUAUUUUUGGGGGUUUAUCAAUAUCAGUGCGACUUGUGGCAUUAAGUGUGUUGCGUGACGGCGAGUAGCUCUCUGGAGCAUUGACUGUUUUCGUUACUUUCAAUCCUCAACGGUGUUUUCCUGGCUGUUGUUGUUGCUGGCUUGAAAAUGCAUUCCGAAUCGUACAUAUCACCUGUGAAACGUUCAAGGAAGGGUUCGUGUUGUGUCGUGCCAGGGUGCAGCCUUCGCUCAGGAACCAACCUCCUUUCGAAAGUUCGAACAUUUAGGUUCCCUGUCGAGGCUGACAGGAGAAACGCCUGGAUAGCAGCGGUGCGCCGGGACAAGUGGCAGCCUACCAAGAGCUCCCAGAUUUGCUCUGCUCACUUCAUCCAAGGCCAGCCGUCUUGUGAUCCAAAUCACCCGGACUACACCCCUACAGUGUUUCCGUAUAGAGCACAAGGAAACUCUGGGCAGAAGAUUGCAAGGUUUCAGCGUGCUCAAAGAAAACGUCCUUUUGAACGAGCAGACAAUGUUGCUGAUUCCAGUUCCGACCCUUCAACAUCCACGAGUGACGCUAAUGGCCUCUGUGACAGUCCAAAGAUGUGCGAUGGUGAAACACAAACAGAACUCACCACAAAGGACAUUGCAGUUCUGCUACAAGAAAAUGAGGCGAUGAAGCAACGUCUGAGAGAUAUGGAACACAGCUCUGAACCUGCUGAAAAGGAAGAAGCGAUCAACCUUCCAGAAAUUACACGAACUGUGGUGAUGCAGUCAGAUAAAACUUUGAAGUUUUACACAGGGCUAGUCUCUGCUACAAUGUUCAGGGCUCUGCUGCAGUUUGUGUUGUCUAUUUGGACACCAUCAAAUACAACAAGCCUGGAUGCAGAGCAGCAGCUGCUUCUGGUGCUCAUGAGACUGCGUCUGGGGCUGCUCACCAAUGAUCUUGCGUACCGAUUCGGCAUUUCAGUAGGUUCCGUGAGCGUCAUUUUCCAUUCAUGGCUUGAUGUUCUAGCCACGAACUUUAAGAAGUUCAUCAUUUGGCCAUCCCGACUAGCACUACAAUCUCACCGCCUGCCAGCUUUUGAGGACACAUUAUUUGACAACCUAAGAGGUAUAAUUGACUGCACAGAAAUAUUUAUUCAGCGCCCAACUGCUCUGGAAGCUCGGAGUCAGACCUAUUCCAAUUACAAGCACCACAAUACUGUGAAGGUACUUGUUGUGAUUUCACCUUCAGGUUCAGUAACUUUUGUGUCCAAGGCAUGGGGUGGAAGGGCAUCUGACAAAGAUAUCACACUGCGUAGUGGAGUGCUAGAUAUGGUUGAGGAAGGGGAUUGCUUUCUGGUCGACAGAGGCUUCCGAUGUGAAGAGAUGUUUGCUGCUCGAGGUGCAACAAUACUGAUGCCCUCCUUGACAAAAAAACGACCACAGCUUUCAGGAGGAGAGGUAACAACAUCAAGAAAGCUCUCUCGGGUUCGCAUCCAUGUUGAAAGAGCUAUUCAACGACUGAAGCUCUUCAGAUCGCUCCAAGGUGUGCUACCGGUGAGCUUUGUUAAAAGAUCAAGUGACAUGGAUUGUGCAACAAUCGACAAGGUGCUAGUCGUCUGCAGUGGGCUCGUCAACCUGCAAACUCCUAUCAUCAACAACCUUGAGAAAGACAUUACCAUGGAUCAUGAAGCAGCAUGAACACUUGCUCCAUUCUCCACGUGAAUGUUAUGCAACCGUGAUAGAAAAUACCUGUGGUGUGUUGUUCUUUCAGUGAGUAGGAGACUGGAAUUUGAGAGAAGUAAAAUUUUUAUGGCACACGCUGUUUCUACAUCACAUGCCAAGUGACACCAAGACUAUGUCGCAUACAACUCAAGAAUGAAGCAGUGAAUGACACUCAAAGGGGACCCUCCAAUCAGUGGUGUCGACCGACUGUCGUGACGUGGUUCAUCUGCAUGCACAUGCCAGUGUGACCAAGUGGGCUUUCAGGUACAAGAGGAUUAACCACGGAUUAGCCGAAUCAACCGCAACGUCAUGCCAUUAAGGAUGGCCUCCUUGGUGGGGCAUCUGCCACUUUGUUCUUCAAUUGUAUUGCAUUGGUACGCUUUUCCAUUUUUGCUAACCAUGUUGAAUAUUGUCCCUUUUCCUUCAUUCGUUUAUCACAUGUGUUCAUUGCACUGAAUAAUCAUUACUGCAGACAUAAAGCAUGAGGUGAAGGCAUGCUUCAGCAUUUUUGAUAUUAAAAGAAAGGUGUAGAUUCA